AUGAGGAGUGCAAUAUGUGAGCAUAAGAAAGAGAAUCCAAUUAUUAGCCAAAAAGAUAUGCAAGCAUGGGUGCAACAAAAGUUUGAUUUGACUAUUAGUCAAUCAACAAUAUCGAACACUCUCAAAAGGACGUUGGAAUAUUUGUCAAAUGAGAUGAAAAAUAGCGAUGUUAAAAGGCACAAAUCGGCAAUAUACCCUGAUUUAGAGAAAAUUUUGUAUGAGUGGUUUCUUCAAAAGCAAGAUAAAGUGAACAUGUCUACAAAAAUUAUCCAAGGAAAAACAAAAGAGCUUUUGCAAAAAAUGUAUGGUGAAACUAAUCCAGAAUUCAGCUUUUCUAGUGGAUGGUUGGAACGUUUCAAGGCAAGAUAUGGAAUCAAAUAUUACCGACGUUUUGGUGAAAGUGGUUCAGUUAUCAUGGAGAACAUUGAAAAUGCUUUACCUGGAAUACGAUCAAAACUAGACCAGUUUCAGUUGAAGGAUAUUUACAAUAUGGAUGAAACUGAAUUAUUUUACUGA